UACUGCCCAACUGCCCGUCUCUUUCUUUAAUUAAUUUAAUUUCUAUUAUAUAUAUGGGCCAAUGAUUUGGGCCGGCCCAAUCAUUUAAAGGCCUGCUUUUCCACAGACCAAUGCUUAUGUUGUUGCAGAUCGUGACCAUUCUUCACUCUCCCAUUCAUCCUCCCAAUGUCUCACCGGUCCUCCCCCUACGCCGCCUGCUUCCGCCAGUUCCGGUGCGGGUGUUCGACGACGAGAAGAACCACCGCCACGCCGUUUUCAUGUCCAGAUUCGACGGAGAUGAAGAAGAAUUCCGAUAUGGAGAAACAGAGACGACGUCGCUUCAGAGGAAUGCGACGGUGCUCUGCUCCAUCAACAAUCACUCCACGUCGUCGUCGGUGGGUUCCUCCGGUGGAAGCUCCUCCAUGCUCGACUGGGCUACCGUCAUGGAAUCCGAGCUCGGCGGCUGCCCAUCUGAGCCACAACAUCAUCAAAGCUUCAAAACUGUUUUAAAAAGACACGUGGCAGCAUCGGAAUGGUUUUUUAUUUGGAAUGGGAGAGCUGUGGAACCACGUGGCAGAGUUACAUGUUUUCGAGGUUUGACUAUUUGACCAAAUUUAUAUUAUUCUUAAAAAGAAAACCACAUAUUAAAUUAAAAGAUUCAUUCAUGGUUUUCUUAUUUG